AUGUCUACCUCAACCUCAAACAAAGUAACCAAAGUUAUCGUCGACGAAGAUCCCGCAGCCUACGAAGCGAAACAUGUUCACGAAGUCUACGACCAGAUUGCCUCGCAUUUCGCCUCUACGCGAUAUAAACCUUGGCCCAUCAUCGCAACCUUCCUUUCUUUCAUCCCCACAGGUUGGAUAGGUCUUGACUCCGGCACGGGAAAUGGCAAGUAUCUUCCACUUCCGCUCGAGCGCCCUGGGAGUAUAUGGACUAUCGGCUUGGACAGGUCUCGAAAUUUGCUCGAGGCUGCGCGAGUGGCUGGGAUUGGAACGGUUGAGGGUGAAACGAAGACUGCCGUUCUGAGAGAAGUUGUCUGGGGCGAUGUUUUAGGCAAAGGAUGGCGGAAUGGGGCAUUUGACUAUGCCAUUUCUAUUGCCACAAUUCACCAUCUAGCGAAUCAUGAACGUCGUAAACUCGCUGUACAGAGGUUGCUCGAGUCAGUGAACUCAGAACAUGGUCGUAUUCUCAUAUACGUUUGGGCCAUCGAGCAAGACGAACUGUCAAAACGAUCUAUCCCUGAGACUAAACCUGAAACUGAAGAGCCCGACCCGGCAGACGUGCAGUCCGCCAGCGAGAGGGGGCAAGAUGUCUUCGUCCCGUGGGUUCUCACAAGCUCGAAGCCGCGCGAAGGGUCAAAGACAAACCGAGGCAAGGACAAGAAUAGGGGAACUCCUGUGCCGAACGGGAUGGAAGAACCGGCUCCCAAACGAUUUGAACGUUAUUAUCAUAUGUUCGCCGCAGGUGAACUUGCCGAUCUAGCUUCCGAGGCCAUAAAAGACAUGGGACUGGUGAUUGGAACGGGUGAGGAAAUUCAGGAUGACCUUCGUGAGACGAAAGGGGUAGAGAUCGUUCAAGACGGAUGGGAGAGGUCGAAUUAUUUUGUGGAGUUGCGUCGAUGGUGCAAAUGA